ACAUAUCCUGAUAUUAUUAUCCUAAUAAUGAAUUAAGAUUCAAAACCGGUAUAUAAACUCUUGUACUCACGACCAUAUAUAAAAACACAAAAUUAACCAGCAUAGACUAUUAUGCAAUUGAUCAUCAUGGCUCAUUACCUCUAUUCUGUUCUGUUUUGUUAUGUUUUACCAUGUAUAUAUCUCUUUCUGCCUGUACUACAGCAUGCAAUGGGAGAGCCAGAGGUUGUGAAAGGUGUAGACUUGGAGAGGUACAUGGGUCGAUGGUACGAAAUAGCUUCUUUCCCUUCAUUUUUUCAGCCCACAAAUGGAGAGAACACUAGAGCCACAUACAUUCUCAACAGUAAUGGCACUGUGGAUGUUCUAAAUGAGACUUGGAAUAAUGGUAAAAGAGAGUCUAUACAUGGCAUUGCUUAUAAGGCUGACCCUAAUAGUGAUGAAGCCAAACUCAAGGUCAGAUUUCUUGUUCCUCCAUUCUUGCCAUUUAUUCCUGCUGUUGGGGAUUACUGGAUUUUGUACCUUGAUCAAGAUUAUCAAUUUGCUCUCAUUGGUGGGCCUACCGAAUUAUUUCUUUGGAUAUUAUCCAGGCAAACCUAUUUGGAUGAUGAAUCCUACAACAAACUUGUUCAGAAAGCUAAGGAUGACGGGUAUGAUGUGACCAAAUUGCACAAGACUCCGCAGAGUAAUCCUCCACCUCAGUAAGAUAAUAAGGUCCUCAAAACACCAAAGGCCUAUUAACGAAUAACUAGGUGUGGUCCAUGUCAUGACAUGAACAUUGUUAUGGAACUACAUCUUUACCUAUUAUGAUGCACCGGGUAAUCAUUUUCCUUUGUUAAAAUAAAAUCAACAGCCACACCUCAAUAAUUCACAAAUGGAUUCCUUGCAUAUUCAAAAAGAAAAA